AUGUACUCUCGGCCCCCUAGCAGUCGCCGAAACAACCGGUUCGACAACAGCCGCUGGCCGUCUCCUCAGCCAUACGGAGGAACCAACUUUGGACAUAACUAUGGCGGCUUCACUCCCUCUCCUGCUCCGUUCGACCCCAUGGGUGGUCCUCCUGGUAGCGCUUCAGGCAAUAUGGGCUAUCAAGGCUUCAACCAGCAGGGUCCAGGAAGUUCAUUGUCUCCCCAUGCAACUGAGUUCACCACUGGCGAUGGAUGGAAGAGCGAGGCCAUUGCCACGGAGGGCCAGACGUACCUGCCAACUACUGAGCCUCUCAACUACCGCCGCUUGUUGGAUCGGAAUGUCAAUUGCAACUGGAAGUACAUUGUGGAUAAGAUUGUCUGCAACAAUGACCAGCAGGCCUCCAUCUUCCUGCAGCAGAAGCUCAAGGUUGGCACUCCAGACCAGAAGUACGAGAUCGUGGAGGCAAUCGUUGCCCAAGCGUAUCCUCUCAUGGUCAACCGUUUUGGCAACUUCCUUGUACAGCGUUGCUUCGAGCACGGCACUCCAGAGCAAGUUGUUAAGAUCGCGGAAGCCAUUCGCGGCAAUACUCUCAAUCUGUCCAUGGAUCCCUUUGGUUGCCAUGUCGUUCAGAAGGCGUUCGACUCCGUCCCCGAGGACUACAAGGCUAUCAUGGUCCACGAACUUCUUCGCAGAAUUCCCGAGACCGUCAUUCAUCGUUACGCCUGUCAUGUCUGGCAGAAGCUCUUUGAGCUUCGAUGGUCCGAGUCCCCGCCCCAGAUCAUGAAGUUCGUCAAUGAGGCUUUGCGAGGCAUGUGGCACGAAGUCGCUUUGGGCGAAACUGGCAGUCUGGUUGUCCAGAACAUCUUCGAGAAUUGUCUCGAGGAAGAUAAGCGUCCCUGUAUUGAGGAAGUCCUUGCCAACAUUGACAUUGUGGCUCACGGACAGUUCGGAAACUGGUGCAUCCAGCACAUCUGUGAGCAUGGCGCUCCAGCGGACAGAAGCCGUGCUAUCGAUCAUGUCAUUCGCUACGCUGCCGAAUACAGCACUGAUCAGUACGCCUCCAAGGUUGUCGAGAAGUGCCUGAAGAUUGGAGGGGGAGAGUUCCUCAGCCGCUAUCUUGAUCGGGUCUGUGAGGGUCGCGUUGAUCGCCCUCGCAUCCCCCUCGUUGACAUUGCAAGCGACCAGUACGGCAAUUAUCUCAUUCAGUACAUCCUCACUCAUGCGGGUCUGCAGCACCGUGAGGUUGUCGCCGCCCACAUCCGCAAGCACAUGGUCUCUCUUCGAGGCUCCAAGUUUGGAUCUCGCGUGGGCAUGCUUUGCACCAACCCCGCUGUUGCUACUCGUCCCGGCCCCGGAGUUGGUCCUGCCAUGAACCGUAUGGGUGCUGGUCCCCGUUACAGUGGCGGCGGCGGCUACCGCUAG